AUGAACCGGCUCAGCCUCAAAGAUCCAACCAAGUUAUCACAUGCUGAUCAGAACACACAGCUGACCACGCAGGUGAAGAGUUCAACUGGAUUAGAAAGGUUGGUGCAGUUCUCCCCGGACACCGGCGCCCUGCAAAGUAUCCUCCAGAACGUGGGGCUGAAUGCUGGAGGGCUCCUGGGUGCCACGCCCCGAAGGUCUGUCUGUCCACCAGGCCGAGGAACUUCAAUCUACACAGCUCAGAGAGUGCAAAUUAAGAAAAAUCUCACAGAGGAGACCGGCGGACCAAUGGUUGCACUCAAGGACACUCCAAAGAAAUGGUCUCCACAGAGAGUCCGCGACGGCAGACAGAAGCCCAUGUCAGCUAUGAAAUGGCAUUUAUCCGCACAGCAGUCACCGUAUACCAACACUCCCGGUCUGAGGAGCUGCAAAACCAACCUUCAACCGCACCAGGAGGUGAUUCCUUCUGAGAUCGUGCAGAGAUUGUUCGAUGAUCAAGAGGAGCUGAACGCUGACGAAGACCUUGAGACACAAACGCUCCCAGUUAAAGCUUUAAGUACUAAACCCCACUGUGAAGAAAAGGGAGAAUCAAGGAGAACUAACAGCAGUGAGGAUGACGAGGAUGAGGAUGAGGAGGAGCAGAGGGUGGCGGGUGUACAGCUGUUCCUCCAAGAACCACAAAGAGAGUCCGUCAUUUUUUUCUCAACGGGCAAAGCGCUGCUCAGAGCUCCACGCUUUGAGAAGCAGGAGAAAUCCUCUGACCAGGAUCAGCUCCUUCCAGUUCCAUCAGACCAGAGAAAUGUGCUGCCGCUGCAUGAAGACUCAUCAUCUGUGUUAAAACCAACCUGUCAGAUCAACACUUCUGUUAAGAGUCUGCACAGAGACCUCAUUACUCAGAAGAGUCGCGGUCUGAGUCCUGCGGUGGCGUUGCUGCGGAAGCGUUUUCCUCCUCUGGAGGAGCUGCGUCUGGAUGAGGAGGUGGCCACCUACACCUCAGUGUCAGUCUCCACUGCUCCUGGCUUUGUUCCUCCUCGGCCUCGCUGUGGAAACCCACUGGCCUCCAUCCUGCACUUUGAAGAGUCCUCUAGAUUUGUUCCCAUUGGCUGUGAUCUCUCCUUUGGUCCUUCUUCCCCACACGGCUCUCCACAGCAGGAGAGAUGAUUUGCACUACAACUACAGUAUUUUUUUUUUUUUUUUACUGUGAAAGUCCAGAGAGGAUGUUAAGCUGAAACUAAUGUACUGAUGACUUUGUUUAAUGGAGCAGAUGAUGUUUGUCCAACACUGAUGUUUGCCAGCUUUAGUACAGCUCCAAAGAAGGCUGCUGGUAUAAUUGUUUUGAAACCACAAAUCUUUUUUUCCUUAAAAAUGUUAUUAUUUCUUUCAAUAGAUGCUUUGUAAAAGAGUUUAUAUCUGUAAAAUGAAGCAUCGUUCAUCCUGAAGUGUUUAUGAUACAAGUCCAAAGCUGAAUGUGGGAAAAAGUAAAUGUUGUAAAAGGUCAAUGAAUGCACUGGACCUCAGUAGUGUUAUAGAUGUAGGUUACAUAUAGAUUAUUGUGUCGAAUUUCAAAUAAUGGUUCGUUAUUUGUAUUUUUUG